AGACAUCGUUUUCCCCGGACCGGUUCCACCUGCGGCGAAAACAAGCAACAAUCGGAACAGUCGGGCUCGGGAAAAAAUCUUUCCUUUUAUUUUAGGCCUGAACAUUCCUUUUGAGUCUUGAUCCAAAAAAAAAAGAAAAGAAAAAGGAAACAAAUACUUUUCUCCUUGCUCGCUGCUGUCUCCCUCAAUCUUUCUUUGUAACUUACAAACAUCUGACAUUGAUCAAUUCUCGAAGGACCAGAAGGAAUCGGGGAAAUGGCGGAUCAGCUAGCAAGGGCUGAGGAAUUCGACGCGAAAGCAGAAAAAAAGCUUAAUAGCUGGGGAUUGUUCGGCUCCAAAUAUGAGGACGCUGCUGAUCUCUUCGAUAAAGCCGCCAAUUCCUACAAGCUCGCUAAAGCAUGGGAUAAAGCAGGUUCGACAUACAUCAAGCUGGCAAAUUGUUACAUCAAGGUGGAAAGUAAGCAUGAAGCAGCCCAAGCUUAUGUUGAUGCUGCACAUUGCUAUAAAAAGACUAAUAUAAAUGAGGCUGUAUCUUGCCUGGACAAAGCAGUGAACGCUUUCUGUGAAAUUGGAAGACUCAGUAUGGCUGCUAGAUAUUUUAAGGAAAUUGCCGAAUUGCAUGAGUCUGAACAGAACAUUGAGCAGGCUAUCGUUUACUAUGAAAAAGCAGCUGAUUUUUUUGCAAAUGAAGAAGUGACAACUUCUGCAAACCAGUGCAAGCAAAAAGUUGCUCAGUUUGCUGCUCAGCUUGAACAAUAUCAGAAGGCAAUAGAGAUUUAUGAAGAAAUAGCUCGCCAGUCUCUGAACAAUAAUUUGUUGAAGUAUGGAGUUAAAGGGCAUCUUCUUAAUGCUGGCAUUUGCCAACUCUGUAAAGGGGAUGUUGUUGCCAUCACCAAUGCACUAGAGCGAUACCAGGAAUUGGAUCCCACAUUUUCAGGAACACGGGAAUAUAGACUUUUAGCGGAUAUUGCUGCUUCAAUUGAUGAAGAAGAUGUUGGGAAGUUUACUGAUGUUGUCAAAGAGUUUGACAGCAUGACCCCUCUGGAUUCUUGGAAGACGACACUACUUCUGAGGGUGAAGGAAAAGCUGAAAUCUAAAGAAUUGGAGGAGGAUGAUCUCACCUAAUUGAAUAUUAUUGUCUUUGAGUUGAAUGUUUGAUGGGUUGCAUUGUAUUAUCAUAUAUGCAUAUUAUAUGUGCAGUUGCUUGUGAGUCUACUCAUAAAUUGUACUUCUAUUUUUGGAUUUCAUUUGAAGUGGUGGUAUGAUUGAAUUCAAGAAUUGAGCUUGUCAUGAUGAGCACGAGUUUUAUGUUU